AUGAGAUUGAGAUACUAUUAUCAUUUAUUACUGUUUGGGAGCGUCGUAUUGUCACUUCCAUUAAGCCGUCUCGGGGCGGGGUCCGGCGGGCCACGCCCCGGCGCACGCCCUGCGCUUCACCCCACACACUCCCGUCGACGGCCCGAGUCGAGCCGAGCGGCCGGCUCACUAAAACGAUUUGCUCUCAAUCGCAUCAAACGUACACCCCUACGUCCCGCGAUAACCCGCUGCUUCACGAGCACGGCGGCGCGAGCGGUCCAAGUGAUACGGCGUAGCGAGCGUGAUGCGGUGUCCGCGACGUGUGACGCGUGCAGCGUGACAGCCAAGUGCGCGGCG